AUGUUGCUCUGCUUACUGCCCCCUAUCGAUCACCACCGGUAUGACGGGCUGUCCUGGCCAACUACGCGAGCCAAAGAGAGAAAAAAUAGGAGGGAUAAAGUCCUCACCACUUCACCAGGUCUGAAGGUCCGAAAGAGGAUUCAUACUGAAGAGAAGCCGUACACCUGUGAUCAGUGUGGGACAGCUUUUACCCACCAGGGUAAUCUAAGGCGUCAUCAGCGUAUCCACACUGGAGAAAAGCCGUACAAAUGUGAUCAGUGUGGGGCAGCUUUUACCCAACAAGGUCAUCUAAGGCGUCAUCAGCGUAUUCACACUGGAGAAAAGCCGUACAAAUGUGAUCAGUGUGGGCGAGCUUUUACCACGUCAAGUAUUUUAAGGUGUCAUCGGCGUAUCCACACAGGAGAAAAGCCGUACAAAUGUGAUCAGUGUGGGGCAGCUUUUACCGAACAAGGUAGUCUAAGGAGUCAUCAGCGUAUCCACACUGGAGAAAAGCCGUACAAAUGUGAUCAGUGUGGGGCAGCUUUUACCCAACAAGGUCAUCUAAGGCGUCAUCAGCAUAGUCACACUGGAUUCAAGCCUUACAGAUGUGAUCAGUGUGGGGCAGAUUUUACCCAACAAGGUCAUCUAAGGAGUCAUCAGCGUAUUCACACUGGAUUUAAGCCUUACAGAUGUGAUCAGUGUGAGGCAGCUUUUACCUUGUCAGGUGAUCUAAGGCGUCAUCAGCGUAUUCACACUGGAUUUAAGCCUUACAGAUGUGAUCAGUGUGGGGCAGCUUUUACCUUGUCAGGUGAUCUAAGGAGUCAUCAGCGUAUUCACACUGGAGAGAAGCCUUACAGAUGUGAUCAGUGUGGGGCAGCUUUUACCAGACAAGGUCAUCUAAGGAGUCAUCAGCGUAUUCACACUGGAUUUAAGCCUUACAGAUGUGAUCAGUGUGGGGCAGCUUUUACUCAACAAGGUCAUCUAAGGCGUCAUCAGCGUAUUCACACUAGAUAAAAAAAUAUGUCUGUGAUCAGUGUGGGGCAGCUUUUACUUGGAGAGCUCAGUUAAACCAAUUUAGUACCAAUUUAGACAUGUUAUGUUGUUCUGAAAAAAAGAACUGGAGUUUUGUUUUCAGUUUCAACUGAAAAAUGUGUUUAAAUUUGAUUUUUCACCAGUUUAUGUUCCAUUGUUCCAUUUAAAUAAAAAAGUUUGUUUGCCUG